AUGGCUACGUUAUUUGGACAAUCAGGUCAACGAGGAGGACGAGAGACGGCGAAUGCGAACGCCUUCAUCGGCGGGGCACGUCCGACACGUCAGCAUAGCACCGACGAUAAGCGCACGGGAAGCGUGGGCGGCAGCAGAUCUACUUCGUAUCUGGAAUCGAUUGCUUUUUCACCGUCAUUUCGAGCAGCUCGAUCCUCUGGAAAUUUAUUAUUAUUUCUAUUAUUAUUAUUAUUAUUAUUAUUAUUAUUAUUAUUAUUAUUAUUAUUAUUAUUAUUAUUAUUAUUACUAUUAUUACUAUUAUUAUUAUUAUUAUUAUUAUUAUUAUUAUUAUUAUUAUUAUUAUUAUUAUUAUUAUUAUUAUUAUUAUUAUUAUUAUUAUUAUUAUUAUUAUUAUUAUUAUUAUUAUUAUUAUUAUUAUUAUUAUUAUUAUUAUUAUUAUUAUUAUUAUUAUUACUAUUAUUACUAUUAUUAUUAUUAUUAUUAUUAUUAUUAUUAUUAUUAUUAUUAUUAUUAUUAUUAUUAUUAUUAUUAUUAUUAUUAUUAUUAUUAUUAUUAUUAUUAUUAUUAUUAUUAUUAUUAUUAUUAUUUCUAACCGAUAUUAUUUCUAACCGUAUUCAAAAGCUGCUCGACUCUGCUCGACUGCGAGGAGAUGACAUUUUGCUAGACUGUUUUGAUUGCUUGUUUUUCGAUAUUUUUGAAAUUAGCUUCAUUUUAGUUAGGUAA